AUGUUCAGGAGCGCCCUACAAAAAUCUGCCUUCCGGGCCUCCAAGAGUGCCUUCAGACCAGCCGUCUCGACUGGCUUGAGAGUAGCUGGAGCGCGCUUUGCCAGCGAUUCUGCCCUUCACGGAAAGAUUCAUCAAGUUAUCGGAGCUGUCGUAGAUGUAAAAUUCGAUACCGACAAGCUUCCUCCUAUUCUCAACGCCCUUGAGACCGACAAUGGUGGCCAGAAGCUCAUCCUCGAGGUCGCGCAACAUUUGGGAGAAAAUGUCGUCCGAACAAUUGCUAUGGAUGGUACCGAGGGUCUCGUCCGUGGUCACAGAGCAACCGAUACUGGUAACCCAAUCAUGGUACCAGUCGGUCCAGGAACUCUCGGUCGUAUCAUGAACGUCACUGGUGACCCAAUUGACGAGCGUGGUCCCAUCAAGCACACCAAGAAGCUCCCAAUUCACGCCGACGCUCCCCCUUUCACCGAUCAAUCUACCGCUGCUGAGGUCUUGGUUACUGGUAUCAAGGUCGUCGACUUGCUCGCCCCAUACGCUCGUGGAGGAAAGAUUGGUCUUUUCGGAGGAGCUGGUGUCGGAAAGACUGUGUUCAUUCAAGAGUUGAUCAACAACAUUGCCAAGGCACACGGUGGUUACUCUGUCUUCACUGGUGUCGGAGAGCGUACUCGUGAGGGUAACGAUUUGUACCACGAAAUGCAGGAGACCAAGGUCAUCAACCUUGAGGGAGAGUCCAAGGUCGCCUUGGUCUUUGGACAGAUGAACGAGCCCCCGGGAGCCCGUGCCCGUGUUGCUCUUACUGGUUUGACCGUUGCUGAGUAUUUUAGGGACGAAGAAGGACAAGAUGUGUUGCUCUUUAUUGACAACAUUUUCCGUUUCACCCAAGCUGGUUCCGAAGUGUCUGCUCUUCUCGGUCGUAUCCCAUCUGCCGUCGGUUAUCAACCAACACUCGCCGUCGACAUGGGUCUCAUGCAAGAACGUAUUACCACCACCAACAAGGGAUCCAUUACCUCCGUCCAAGCCGUCUACGUGCCCGCUGAUGAUUUGACUGAUCCUGCCCCUGCCACCACCUUCGCCCAUUUGGACGCCACCACUGUGCUUUCCCGUGGUAUUUCCGAGUUGGGUAUCUACCCUGCUGUCGACCCUCUGGAUUCCAAGUCCCGUAUGUUGGAUCCCCGUAUUAUCGGACAAGACCACUACGACACCGCCACCAAGGUCCAACAGAUGCUCCAAGAGUACAAGUCCCUUCAAGAUAUCAUUGCCAUUCUUGGUAUGGAUGAAUUGUCGGAAGCAGAUAAGUUGACUGUCGAGCGUGCCCGUAAGAUGCAGCGUUUCUUGUCGCAACCAUUCGCUGUUGCACAGGUUUUCACUGGUAUCGAGGGUGUAUUGGUUGAGUUGAAGGAUACUAUCAGAUCGUUCAAGGCUAUCAUGAACGGAGAGGGUGAUGAUCUGCCAGAGUCUGCUUUCUACAUGGUUGGUGAUAUUGACCACGCCAGAUCCAAGGGAGAGAAGAUUCUUGCAGACCUCGAGAAGAACUAG